UCUUAUCGUACGCUACCUUUCUUUCACAUAACUACUACUCAUUUUAUUUUCUUCACCUCUCGGAAAAGCUGAACACUCUAAACGCGGCGUUUCCCCGGUCCGACGAGGUUUUAGAUGGAUUUGGCGAGCCAUGAAUCACCUACCUCGACUAUUCGGCAAUAGAAAGAAGCCUCCAAACAUGGACCCCAAGAAGAGCAAGACGCGAGGCAAGAAGCAGCAGCCCAAGCUUGAGCGCCGCAACGCCGCCAAGCACUUCGAAUACGACGCCGGAUCGUCGUCUUCAUUGCGAGGUGACUCCGCAUCCGUUUCCACGUCGUCUUCCUCGUCGUCUUCGUUAUAUACGCGCUCCAUGGACUUCUACGGCCACAGGAGCUUCAGAAUCGAGGGCGUGGAGGGCGAGUUCGACCGGAUUUGCCAAAGCCUCGGCCUCUCCGGCCCGGAGGACUUCUCCAUUCCGACCGCCGCCUGGGAGGCCAUGAAGCUCCGCUCCUCCUCCAACACCCCGUCGCGCCGGAACCACGACGAGAAGGCGUUCGACGAGGAGGCGAAGGAGAAGGAGGAAAUUGAAGUGGUUGAGAGCGAGGAUGGGGUUAGGGUUUUGGAUGAGUGUGUUGUUCCUGUUGAGAGUAGUGGUUGCUGCACCGCUGGCGGCGGAGGAAUUAAGGGUUUUCGACCUCCGAUGCUGAAGCCGCCGCCGGGGAUUAGGGUUUCGGUGGUGGACGAAACGAGUUCCACAUGGGAUUUGUUGCGGGAUUUUGCGCCGAAAGGGGAGGAAGGGAAGGAGAGUUACUUGGAGUUGAGUGCUGCUGAUGAAGAUGAGGAUAGAGAAGAAAAGGAAGAGGAGGAUGAGGAAGAAGGGGAAGUUGGUGGAGUGAGGGUGGAGAGAGAAGAGGAGGAAAGCGCGGCGAGUAUUGCGGAUAUUGUGGAUGAGUUUUCUGGGUUUUCUACUUCGAACGAAGAUGAUUCUUCCAGCACUACUACGGGUCCUAAUUCUAGUAAUAUAUCUCCUAAUGGGAGAAUCAAGCGUGUGAUUACCGCGGGUAACUGGCAGAAGGGUGAGCUUUUGGGGCGUGGCUCGUUUGGCUAUGUCUAUGAAGGGAUUUCUGAAGAUGGAUUCUUUUUUGCUGUAAAACAAGUUUCACUACUUGAUCAGGGGAAUCAGGCAAGGCAAAGUGUAUAUCAACUGGAACAGGAAAUUGCACUUUUGAGUCAAUUUGAACACGAGAAUAUAGUUCAAUACUUUGGCACUGAAAUGGAUGCGUCAAAUCUGUAUAUCUUUAUUGAGCUUGUAACUAAAGGUUCCCUUAGAAAUCUCUACCAGAGAUAUACUCUUCGAGAUUCUCAAGUAUCUGCUUAUACAAGGCAGAUUUUGCAUGGUUUAAAGUAUCUCCAUGAUCGGAACAUUGUUCACAGGGAUAUUAAAUGUGCAAAUAUAUUGGUGGAUGCAAAUGGAUCUGUUAAGCUUUCAGAUUUUGGAUUGGCGAAGGCAAUCAAAUUGAAUGAUGUCAAAUCAUGCAAGGGAACAGCAUUCUGGAUGGCCCCAGAGGUUGUAAAAGGUAAACAAAAUGGUUACGGGCUUCCAGCUGAUAUAUGGAGUCUGGGAUGUACUGUGUUAGAGAUGUUAACUGGCCAAUUUCCUUACUCUCACUUAGAAUGUAUGCAGGCAUUGUUUAGAAUUGGAAGAGGGGAGCCCCCUAUUGUGCCAGAUUCCCUUUCAAGAGAUGCACAGGAUUUUAUCCUGCAGUGUCUCAAAGUUAAUCCAGAUGAACGUCCCAGUGCUGCUAAACUCCUAAAUCAUACCUUUGUCCAACGACCGCUACUUUCCCAGACCUCUGGUUCUGCAUCUCCUUAUAUUCGAAGGGGUUAAAAUUGUCUCCUCCAACUAUGAAACAUAAUGAAGACAGAUUUGUCGCUCAUUGGAUAUAUAAGAUCUCUCAAAAUGUUCAGUCUUCAAGUUGCUAGAGUUGGUCUGGGGUGCAUUGUUGUAACAAUAGUUCGUUGUAUUGCCUUCAGAAUUCACAGUUUGCUGCUUGUACGUUUACUCAAUUUUUAAAGGACUGCUUUGGAUCUAGCAAUUGCUAUGGCACUCCAGAGAGAUAAUUUAACCUAUGGCUUGAAGAAUACCAUAUUUAAGAAUUAUGGUCCACGUGUUAUUAAUUACUGUGAUGAUUUGUCUGUUGUAUAAUGUAAAAUAUCAACGUCAAGCUGUAAAAGGUUGUCUGAGUCUAACCCUUUUGUUUAGUUAGCUAAUGAAACAAUUCGUAGGCUAAACCACCGGGAGCACUACUUGUAAGGAUUCGAUACCAUGCUGUUUUGUACAUAUCACCUUUAUUGGUAAGCAAUUAGUUGUAAAAAUCUUUAUUUUGCUCUCACAA